AUGACAGAAGUGAAAGGAACUCCCAUCAUUAAAGGUUCACGAACAAUGCAAAUAACUGGUUUAUAUAAAGGACGGGCAAUUAUUAUAAAAGACUCUUACAGUGUUAUAAAUAAGAAGCUUAAACUAUUUCCUGCUAUGUUUAACUUACAAACAGGACCGAAAGAAGUAUUUCCAUACAACUACUACAGCAGUGUUUUGUUAGCAAAUGACAACAGAACUGGUGUCAUUUCUGAAGCAUGUAAGUUUAUCCAGGAUGCAGAUACAUUUAUGAAAAACAUAGAUUCCAUCAAAGGUUGCAGAAUAGAUGAAAACCAUUUCGAUUUAGAAAAGUAUAGCACAUUUUAUUGCAAACAAGAUGUAAGAAUUUUAAGAGAAGGUUUUGUUAAGUUCCGCAAUGACUUAUUGAAAGAGUUUGAUUUAAACGUUUAUGACUACGUUAGUAUUUGUUCAAUUGCUAACAAAUUAUUUGAGAACAGAGUGUACUUCCCGAAUGGAAAUUUAUAUGACCUCUCAAAUAAACCAAGAGAAUUUAUUUCGAGAUGCAUUCAAGGUGGAAGAUGUAUGCUGUCAGAUAACAUGAAACAAAAGAGCGAAAAGAAACUCAUUGCUGACUUCGACGCU